GUAUCACAAAAAUUUAAAAAUAAAUAAAAAAGCGGAAACAACGCGGAAUCACAAACUCGCGUAAGAAAAUUAGAAAAAGCAAAAAACACCGAACAAAAACCGAUCAAUCAAUCGGGAUCGGAAACAUGACGUCAUCAUCCACCAUCCCUCACCUCCCUCCGCCUGAAGACCGCCCUGUUCGUGUCUACGCCGAUGGAAUCUACGAUCUCUUCCACUUCGGCCACGCUCGUUCUCUUGAACAAGCCAAAAAAUCAUUUCCGAACACGUAUCUUCUUGUUGGAUGCUGCAGCGAUGCGGUGACACAUAAGUAUAAAGGCAAAACGGUUAUGACUGAAGAUGAACGUUAUGAGUCUCUCCGUCACUGCAAAUGGGUGGAUGAAGUGAUACCUGAUGCACCUUGGGUUAUUAAUCAAGAGUUUCUUGAUAAAAAUAAGAUUGAUUUUGUUGCUCAUGAUUCUCUUCCAUAUGCUGACACCAGUGGUGCUGCAAAUGAUGUUUAUGAAUUUGUUAAGGCAGUUGGAAGAUUUAAGGAAACUCAACGGACUGAAGGUAUAUCUACAUCAGAUAUAAUAAUGAGGAUUGUGAAAGACUACAACCAGUAUGUGCUGCGUAACUUGGAUCGUGGGUACUCAAGAAAAGACCUUGGUGUGAGCUAUGUUAAGGAAAAGCGAUUGCGCGUGAAUAGGAGACUGAAAACUUUGCAGGAGAAAGUAAGAGAACAGCAAGAAAAGAUCCAAACUGUUGCAAAGAAUGCUGGUAUGCAUCGGAAUGAGUGGGUGGAAAAUGCUGAUCGUAUGGUUGCUGGAUUUCUAGAAAUGUUUGAAGAAGGUUGCCAUAAGAUGGGGACUGCCAUAUGUGAUCGAAUUCAAGAAAGUUUAAGAGGUCAGCAACCAAAUGAUGAAUCAAUUUUUCUUCAAAAUGGUAAGGAUGACGAGGAUGAAGAGUAUUAUGAUGAUCAUGAGGAGGAUAGUGAUGAAGAAUUUUUUGAAGAAUAUUUUGAUGACAAUGAGCUGAAUCCCCAGAAUAAUGGGAAAGACACAAACAAAACAUAGGCGUACAUAAAUGGAUUUGCUAGAUUGUUGUCAGGAUAUGUUUAGCAACUUCCUGUGAGAUUUAUGCUGCAAAAUUCUGUGCUUAGUCUUGUACCAAGAAACAUGUUUCAAUGUUGCAGAAGGGACCUUCAAUUUUGCUGGUGUGGUCCGAAUUUUCAGCAUUAUGUAUUCAUAUACAUCAAAGUGUUGUUUGAGUACCUGCCCUGAACUUUUGUUUCUGAUUAGAGUCAUGCAAUUGACUUUAUGAUAGUGAAUAUUCUGCCAUUUCCUUUUUUUUGUUGUUGUUUAGAUUUCAGCCUCAAAAUGUUCAAUAUACUUUACUUGCUUACAUCCACACCGACUUGUGACUUGAGAGAUAAGGCCCUGAAGGGUGAGAAUAUCUGCAUUUCAUUGCUGCAUGGUUUUGGCCAUGUUAUAUGUAGGUAGAAAAUUUUGUUCAAAGUGUGUUUGUAAUGUCCCUAUUAAAUUUGCUUGUUGUAGAAUAACAAUUAGAGUAUGUUCAGAUUACUAGUAAUGGGAAGGAAAUAUUUGAUGGGUACAAGUUUAUGCAAAACAGCAAAAUGAGAUGUUAAAUAUUUGUAGGGUUACUAGAAGAGAGUUAGAGCUCUUCAUGUACUGCUUCGUGCUCUCAUUUGCCACUUACUUCAUUAAAAUGGAGCAAUGCGAUGGUGAUGAUGAGUGAUGAGAAGGAUGACACUGGCACCAGCUAUGAAGAGAAACUAUCUUGUACUUUAUUUUUUUAUUCCAGAAUUUACUGAGUGUUUGCAAUAUACUUUGAAGUUUGAACAUGAUUGAAUGGUGUUAAAUGUAUUUUCUUGAGCUGUUGUGGAAUGA